AUGUCUACGGAGAACCCAGGAUACCCAUUUUUAAGUUCCGCUGACGGGGAGUCCCCUGCCAAAAAUACUGCUGCUGCGAAAAAUCGCCAGAGAUCUCCUUCCCUUUUAAAUGGGAACUUUGUCAAUUCCUCGGGUCUUUUUUCAUCCUCACCCCUGCAUUUUGAUUGGCAAUCCACCCGAUCCUGCGUGAGUGAACGUGUCCGAAGUCUAUUUGCCAACACUACCCUAGCAGACGUCAUGGUACAACGUAUUCCUGCGCAUGCCUUCAUAUUAGCCAUCAGCUCAGCGGUUUUUGAGGCUAUGUUUUACGGGCCAUUGUCAGUACAGAACACGGGAUCCGCUGUCGCUUCGUUGGGUUUAGAGGUGCAUUUGGAUGACGUCAACCCAGUGGCUUUCGCAAACGUCUUGCGUUUCAUCUACACCGAUGAAAUACAAAUAGACCCCAGCAAUGUUCUGCAGACGCUCUAUGUUGCCAAGAAGUAUGCGAUCACUGUAAUGGAGAGAGCUUGUGUUGAGUUUUUAAGUCAAGCGAUCACAGUGGACAAUGCUUUCAUGCUCCUUGGCCAAGCCAAUUUCUUCGAUGAACAGGAAUUGGCGCAAAAGUGUCUGGAGGUGAUCGACAAAAACACGGUUAAAGUUUUCGAUACUGACGACUUCUUAGCAGCAGACAAAGAUUUGCUGUGCAGUGUUCUUGAGCGCGACACCCUCUGUAUUCGUGAAGUUCGGCUAUUCGUGUCUGUGGUCAACUGGGCCAAAUCGGAGUACAAUCGGCGGCGUCUGGAAGGAGGACUCUCUCCCUCCCACUGCCUGGUCACCUAUGUCCCCGUCGAGGCGCUUCGCACGAUUCUCCAGCCCCUAUUGCCCCACAUUCGAUUCCCACAGAUGAGCAUCGAGGAGUUUGCCGAUGUGGUUGUUCCCUCCGGCGUGCUGGAAGACUCGAUAACAAUUAAAAUAUUUCAGCACUUUAUCGCCUCCAAAACUGCCAAGCCAGAGUUACCCUUCCUCAAGCGACCUCGGUGCUACCUGCAUGGUGUAGAGGAGGCUGUGCGACGCUUUGGGGUGGUUGAUCAGCGCUGGGAUUACCGAGGCACUAGUGAUCGCAUCAGAUUUAAAGUUGAUCGAAAGAUUUACGUCGUUGGUUUUGGCCUCUAUGGGAGUAUUCAUGGCGAAAGUGAAUAUGAAGUCAGUAUAGAGAUUGUUCAUCCGGAGUCAGGUGUGGUACUUGGCAGCAACGACGUCACCUACCUGUCGGAUGGAUCGCCAAAUACCUUCCGUGUUGCAUUUCAGGAACCAAUUCCUCUAACACCGCAUGUGAACUACCUUGCAUGUGCCACCAUUAAGGGUCAGGAUUCCUACUACGGGACAGGCGGGCGACGAGAGAUAAGCCACGAGUGCUCGGCUGGAGGUAAAGUGACCUUCCAAUUCUCCUACGCAGCGUGCACGAACAACGGCACUUCAGUUGAAGACGGGCAGAUCCCGGAGAUUAUCUUCUUUGUCUAA